CGCACCUUCUAGAACAUGCACCUGAUAUUAGAUCAUUGACGCUUGCAGGUGAUAAUAUAUACUCACUUCCAGAGGGCUUUUUUGCGUCAUCGAAUAAGCUGAAAUCUCUAGAUAUCCAAGUCAUGAAUGAUGGUAGAUUACCCCAAAACUUCCUGGAAGCAGUGAAGAGAAUACCCAGUCUUUCUAAACUGACAAUCAACUCCAACAAGAUCCCAUGCAACUGCGAUCUUUUGAACUACGUAACAGAACGCGGAAUCGAGCUCAUUGGACCCAAUUUUGCACCUGUCGAAGACUGUAGCGACUUUCCCAUGCUUACAUACGACUUUAGUCAAUUUGUGACACUUUGUGAUGAACUAAGAACAGGAGCUCGUGUACCACAGUUUACCCAAACAGAAUCAUCUAUGCCAGAGAGCAUGAGUGAGUCAUUGGGAUUAUCUGGAGAUAUUGCCCAACCUGCUCAACCCAAAAUGCAUUUGCCACCUGUUUCACCGGAAGAUGCGGGUGGAAACGGCUUAAAUGGAGCAACAUUUCAUCAGUUCCCCGCUCCAACUGUACAAGUACCAAUCCCAGUGGAGGAAGUUGCCCAGUUUCAUUCAAUAUAUCCCGCCGACGCAGCCCAAAACGUUGCCGAGCCAAUUCCCGAAGAAGCAGAGCCAGUUGGAGAAGGUGCUGUUCAUGAAGCUGUUGUAUCUAAGCCAGUAGUUGCAGAAACACUCACAGAAGUUGACAAGACAAUUUCAGAAGUUUCCGAACCAGUUCAAGAAACAGCCGAAUCCAUGCCAAACGUUGACGGAAGAAAUACUGAAGUUUCCGAUCAAGUUACUAAUCUUGGGAAAUCCUAUGAAGCGGAGGAAGCAGUGGCAGAGCCCAUGGCUGCCGAACCGAAAGAUGUGGACGUUGUGAAUAAAAUCAGAACACCUAUAGGAGAUGACCAGUUCCAUUCAAUAUAUCCCGCCGACGCAGCCCAAAACGUUGCCGAGUCAAUUCCCGAAGAAGCAGAGCCAGUUGGAGAAGGUGCUGUUCAUGAAGCUGUUGUAUCUAAGCCAGUAGUUGCAGAAACACUCACAGAAGUUGACAAGACAAUUUCAGAAGUUUCCGAACCAGUUCAAGAAACAGCAGAAUCCAUGCCAAACGUUGACGGAAGAAAUACUGAAGUUUCCGAUCAAGUUACUAAUCUUGGGGAAUCCUAUGAAGCGGAGGAAGCAGUAGCAGAGCCCAUGGCUGCCGAACCGAAAGAUGUGGACGUUGUGAAUAAAAUCAGAACACCUAUAAGAGAUGUUACUUUAGAAAAAGAGAUAAAAGGAGUUCUUGAGAAUCUGCAGGCGGCAUCAGAUGGUAAGGUGGCCAUAACCCUUGACAUCAAUGACCCAUAUGAACUCGGAUUGCUCCUGCGUUACCUCCGAAAGCGAUCUGAGCUUUUACAGAAUAUUGGCAAUGAUGACGUCAAAGAACAAGUGUUAAAGGCUUUGGACGAUAACAACAAAACCAAAUAG